AUGGGACGAGCUCCAUGCUGUGACAAGGCCAACGUCAAGAAGGGACCAUGGUCACCUGAAGAGGAUGCAAGACUUAAGGCCUAUAUUGAAGAGCAUGGUACUGGUGGCAAUUGGAUUGCUCUUCCUCAGAAAAUUGGGCUCAAAAGAUGUGGAAAAAGUUGCAGGCUGAGAUGGCUCAACUACUUGAGGCCCAACAUCAAGCAUGGUGGAUUCUCAGAAGAAGAAGACAACACCAUCUGCAGCCUCUAUAUAAGUAUUGGCAGCAGGUGGUCUAUAAUUGCUGCCCAAUUGCCUGGAAGAACUGAUAAUGAUAUAAAGAACUACUGGAACACCCGAUUGAAGAAAAAGUUACUCGGAAGGCGCAAACAGUCCAAUAUCAAUCAAUCUCCGUCUGAUCAGAGUCAGGAUCACCAGCUCAAGGACGCUGGCAACACACAUGCCUUAAGCAGUUCAGCCCUUGAAAGACUUCAACUCCAUAUGCAGCUUCAAAGCCUUCAGAACCCUUUUUCUUUCUAUAAUAAUCCUGCACUGUGGCCCAAGUUGCACCCUUUGCAAGAAAAGAUGAUACAGACCCUCCGUUCCAUGAAUGAUAAUAACCCUAUGAUGCACCACCGUGCUCUCACAAGUCCUCUUCAACCAGCUCAAGAGCAGAAGGGUAAUAUCAAUGAUGUCCAUGAACAAUUGCAGCUCACUUCUGCCUCUAUCUUAAUUCAACAAGAAUUUGCAAAAUUAUGCAAUCACAAAAAUAUGGAUGAACUGGAGAAUCCUUUGAAUGGCAUGUCAUACUCGGACGCCCCCUGUCGUGCUUUCAUCUCCACAAGUAAUCAAGUGGACUCAACUAUUGUGGCGGCAAAAGCCGAUGGUGUAGAGCAGUUAAACAGUGUCGGAACUCAUGAUCAUCAUCACCAGCUUAAUUCGGGCUUCCAAGGUGAAUUUGGUGACGUUGUUAACAAUAAAUGUUUUGGUCUUGCAGCACAACAGGAAGAUCAUCAAAUAGCUGAAUUUGAUUGUUUCAAAGACAUCAAUGUCUCCAAGGACAGCUUGGAGUGGUGGGCUAACGAGUUUGACGCCAAAUCUGCGUCUUCAAACUCCUGGGAUUCUAUUUCUGUUCUUCAGUCCCAAGGGAUGUUUCAAGACUAUGAAUUAGGUUACAACAUGUAGUUACGGAUAAUAGAGAGGAAUAAUCUAUAUGAACCACAUUUAUCGACCAUAUUGUGGACUGCAUCAUUAAUAGGAGAUCAAAACACCAAAAAU